AUGUCGGUCGAUCGCUUGUUUGAUAUCACUAACUCUUACUUUCUCGGAAAUUACCAGCAAUGCAUUAAUGAAGCAACUAAGUUUCAAACAAAAAAUGAGGAAGAGAAAGUGAGGAAAGAUGUUUUCAUGUAUCUCUCUUAUAUCGAACAAGGGAAGGGCUCUAUUCCUCUCUCCGAACUGCCACAAAGUACAACCAAUAUUGCAUACAAAGCUGUUCGUCGAAUGGCUGAAUUCAAGAACUCAAACAAAAGAGCUAAAGUCGUAUCUGAGAUUGAAAACGAAAUCAGCACCGGAAAUUUUGUAGCUGACGAGAUCAACGCUGUUGUUUCUGCAGCUAUACUGAAUCAGUCGGGCAACUCAGAAGACGCUCUCCGUGCUCUGUUCAAAAUUAAUGAUUCUCUUUUCGCGAAAUCAGCUGUUGUUUCUACAUUGCUAAGAAUGGACAGGAUAGAUCAAGCCAUUCAAUAUUUGAAGCAAAUGACAGAAGUAGAUGAAGAUGCUACGAUUACUCAACUAUCGUUAGCAUGGGUUAAUAUGGCGGUGGGAAAGGAUAAAUUGAAAGAAGCUUUCUAUAUUUUCCAAGAAAUGAUGGAUAAAUAUGGACAGACUGUUUUGCUGCUCGUUAACCAAGCUUCUGUUUUAAUUAUGCAAGAAAAAUACGAAGAAGCAGAGAAAUUGCUUCAGGAAGCUCAAACGAGAGAUCCAAAUAAUUCAGAAGCUUUGAUUAAUCUUAUUGUAGUGAGCCAACAACUAGGAAAAGGAGAUGAGGUCACCAAUAGAUAUAUCGCUCAGUUGAAAGAUUCUCACAGUGAAAAUGCUUUCACUAAAGAUCUACUUGCUAAGGAAGAAUUGUUCGACAGAAUCAGCAGCGAAGCUUAA